UGCUCGCACGCCACAGCCCACAGUACAGAAAGAGAGUUACAGGCACGACACCGGCCCACCUCGUCCGCUCGUGAACGUUCGUUCCUACGCCACCCUGCGCUCCUGCUCUCCGCUUCGCCCCCGGCCACCUGCCGACAAGUCGACAACAUCCCGGCGACAAGCUCGACAGCGACCAUACGUAAAAGGAGGUGGUACCUGCGGCAUGGCCGACGCCGACCUCUACGCCGUCCUGGGGCUCAAGAGGGAGUGCUCUGACGCCGACCUCCGGCUCGCCUACCGGAGGCUCGCCAUGACAUGGCAUCCGGACCGGUGCUCGGCGUCCGGCAGCUCGGCGCGCGUGGAGGAGGCCAAGGAGCGGUUCCAGGAGAUCCAGAGCGCAUACUCCGUGCUCUCCGACUCCGGCAAGCGGCUGCUCUACGACGUCGGCGUCUACGACAGCGACUACGGCCGCCGGAACGAGCGAGAUGUGUCGGGGAUGGGCGACUUCUUCGGGGAGAUGGCCGAGAUGAUGAGCCAGGCCACGCCAACCGAGAGCUUCGAGGAGCUGCAGCAGCUCUUCGUGGACAUGUUCCAGGCCGACCUCGUCGCCGGCGGAUUCGCGUGCGGGUUCGGCGGUGCGCCUCCUAUGGGCCGCCGGGUCCAGGCCCCGAGCCAAUCAUCUGCACCUACGUUUGCGCAGACACAGCCGACAUGUACCAGGGGUGCCAACAAGCGGUGUUCAUCGGCGAUGGGCUCCGGAACGCCGCCAAGGGCCAGUCGUCCGGGGUCCGGCCCCGGCCGUUCAGGGUCAAGCUCCAAGGGAAGUGAUCUGAGGCGGCGGGAGGAGGCGCCAUGGAAGACGACGACGCAGGAAGACACGAGCAUCGGCGGCAGGAAGAAGAAACAGAGGCCGUCGACGGGCCACGGCGAGUCGUCCUAGGAGCAAAGAUGGAGAUAUCGGCGCGCCCGGGCCAGCGUUGAUGCGCGCCGCGCCGUGAGCAAAACAUAUUCUGUGACGCCGUGACGGGGAUAAUGCAUUGCAGGCUUGCAGCUAGUGCUCUGUGCGGAUCAGAGUGACGGUCAACAAGUUUUGGAGGCAGGCUUUUCAAUUAGUUUCUUCGUUUAUUCUCUUGAUGGAUUCUCUUGGCGUAGCACUGGUAUUUAACUUCGAGAGAAGUGCAUAUUACACCCCCCAACUCCAAUAGCGUCUAAUAUACACCCCCAACUUUUAAAACUGGCCAUAAUUCAACCCUUCCUUCCCUCUUG